AUGAAUCUUCCUCUUAAAAUUUUGAGUUUUCUUUCUUGUUUUAUGUUUGGAGAAUUGUGUCUCAUUCGAAACAGUUUGAGCUUAACAAUAAGCAGAGGCCCGGUCGACUUGCCCCGCGAGAGGAAGCUCAACUUAGGGCUGCGCAAGUACCAUCGCACUAGUCCCCCCGAGGAAGAUGCCGACAAUGAAAUACAUACAGAAAUGAACGAAGACACCGACGAGUUGGAGGAUAUUACAAACAAAGCAAAUUUCCCCUACCCACAAUCCGAGAACAUCUAUAUAAAACACCAGGAGAAUUAUGACAUCCCGCCAUGGCUAGCUGAAAUGAUUAAUUUGUCCAACACAAGCAAACAUACGUUAGAAUCGCUAGGUGUUGAAAAUCUGCCCGAUGUCGACUCAUGUAGAGCUGUACAAAAUUUGAAAGAGCAAAUGCUGUGCAUACUUUCUGCGCUAGAGGAUAUUAAGCGGGUCUAUCAGGAUGCAAAGGACAUAACCAGCUUAACCGCGAGGGUUUUAGCCGGGGGGAGACUGGCCGUCCGGGCCCUGUCUAGACUGAAGACCUUGGCAUCCGCCUUUGAAAAUAGGCAACUCAUGUAA